CCUAGAAACGCUUUCGCUCUUUUUGCAGGGCUGCCAAUUCCAAGUAAAAUUCACCAGCUUUUGAAACAGCAGCGCUUCCACGUAAAAAAGUACAACUAAAAUCGACGUUUUUAUGCAUCGAUCUGACAUUUGUCAAAAUAAAAGUUUUAAGUGGUUUUUAAUUUUAAGUUAGCCACCGAUGGGUAGGCGCAGCAGAUCGAAAUCGCCGUACAGUUCCAGAAGACGCGACAGGGAACGGGACAAGGAAAGGGACAGAGACCGGGACAGGGACAGAGAGCGAGAUAGGGAACGUCAUAGAAGAAAACGAUCUAGAGAUAGGUCGAGAGAAAGGGAACGAAGACGGCACUCGCACGAUCGGGAUGUUCGAAGACGUUACUCUCGGUCCCGAAGUAGGUCUCGAUCGCAAGAACGAAGGAGUAAGCCAGUUGUCCCUGCCAGACCAGUGGUCACUGCCGCCGAUUUAGAGGGUAAGAGUGUUGACGAGCAAGAAAUGAUGAAAAUGAUGGGCUUCUGCUCAUUUGACACAACUAAAGGUAAGAAAGUAGAAGGCAAUGAUACUGGUGGAGUGCAUGUGAUCUUAAAAAGGAAAUACAGGCAGUAUAUGAAUAGAAAAGGAGGAUUUAACAGACCACUGGACUUUGUUGCUUAAGACUGCUGGAACCAAUGCAUCGUGAUCAACUGUGAACAGUUCAAUAACCAUAUUUUACCUCAACGAUUGGCAAACCUCAUUAUCAUCGGGUUAAGAGAACUUUACCUCAUUACUGUAACAAUCUUAUAUUGGUUAAUUUUGACAGUUAUAUUGUUAUAAAUAUAAUAACACUGUACGGGUUGAUCAGUUAUUCUAAUUGUUCUAUGUUUUUCUAUUUCAAAUAAUUUUUAUUAUACACACAUUUACAGUGAUAUGUAUUCAUUAAAGUUGGAUAAUAACAAUUAGAAUAAGACUGAAUGAGUUGAUUUCUACAUGUUUAUUUAUAUUUUUAAAUACAGAUUUAAAAUAUA